GCAAACAACAUGUCUGAGUUAUUUUUGCACACUUCAAGGGGCUCAAAAUGAUGGUGUGCAAAGACUCGAUCAUGCAGUUUGUGCCUGAAAUUAGCAUGUUUUUUUUCUAUACUCCACACUUCACAUUCCUUGUCAAGGUUUUAUUGUGUGGUUAGGAGGCAUGUCUGGGCAAAUACUCGCUAUAAAAACGAACCAGAUUCAGCACAGAUGUAAACGGGCAAAUUUACAGAGGAUGACUGUGGCCACAGCCAGGAAGACAGAGCAUUAAUACAUGCAUUAAGUUAUAAACAAAAUCAACAGACUUUAUUCUAACCAGGUUUUCUUUUCAUCUGAGAUGAGAAAGGAGCCAAAGCAGAAAAUGUUCUGCAGACUGGAGCUAAUGGUGCUUCUUGUUUUGCUGACAGCAGCUUCAUCUAUUGCUCUGAGCAGAGAGGAUCUCACAGAAGCUGUGGCAUAUUUAAGGAAGUAUGGCUACCUGCACAUCCCACUGGACAACACACAUCUCAACCCUCCACCUGAAAAAAUAGAGGAGGCCCUGAGAAUCUUUCAGAAAGUAUCCAACCUUCAAGUAUCUGGAAACCUGGAUUCAUCCACACUGGAAAUGAUGAGGCAGCCCCGCUGCGGUCUGGAAGACUCUUUCAGUAACAAUUCUCUCAAAUAUCGAAUCAUGGGUUACUGGCGCAAGAAGAUGCUGACGUAUCGCAUUUACAAUUACACCCCGGACCUGGGCGCAGCAAAGACCCGGCAGGCCAUCCAGACCGCAUUCAAGUACUGGAGCGACGUGUCGUCUUUAAAGUUCAGGGAGCUGCAUCAAGGAAGAGCAGACAUAAAAAUCUCCUUUCACACAAAAGACAAAUCCUGUCCAGUGCCCUUUGAUGGACGAGGUCAUGUGUUAGCGCACGCUGAUGCUCCCGAGUCAGGCAUUGUGCACUUUGAUGAAGAUGAAGUGUGGACAGAGGGGAAGAGCUCGGGCUCCAACCUGAGGAUUGUGGCGGCUCAUGAGAUCGGUCACGCUCUCGGCCUGGGCCACUCGCAGUACUACACCGCGCUUAUGGGACCCAUUUAUAUCGGAUACCGCGCUGACUUUAAGCUGCAUCCGGAUGAUAUAAAAGGGAUCCAAGCUUUGUACGGAAAACCAGAGAACAGUCCUCCAUCUGUGAUUCCUCACCAGCCGGUGCCGCGAGGCGCCGCCCCAGAUCCGUGCAAGGCCAAACUGGACGCAGUUAUGUUAGCUCCACCCAGUAAGACAUAUGUGUUCAGUGGACAGUAUGUGUGGACGGUGUCCAGCUCUGGCUACAACACUCCCACUGUGAUUUCUGCUCUGUGGAAGGAGCUGCCAGGAAGCAUCGAUGCAGCUGUUUAUUCUCAGCGGACUGGAAAAUCUUACUUCCUGAAAGGAGACAAAGUGUGGAGGUAUACUGGCUUCAAACUCGACAGAGGCUUCCCUAAACGUCUGACCAGCAUUCCCGGAAAUAUCGACUCAGCCCUUUACUUCCCCAAGAACAAGAAGCUGAUCUUUUUGAAAGGCUCUGGUUACUGGCCGUGGGAUGAAUUUGGCGCCACGGACCUCCGUGCGUACCCCAGACCCAUCGGGAAUCUCUUCAAUGGGGUCCCCAGCAACACGGAUGCUGCCGUGACGUGGACAGACGGCUAUGUGUACAUGUUUAAAGGUAGCCAGCACUGGCGUGUGAACCAGAAGAAUCAAGUAGUGGAGAAGAAGUAUCCUCAGGACACAGCAUCUACCUGGAUGCAAUGCGACGACUGAGCCACUAGAGGCCGCCAGCCGUUCAACACAGGCAUAAUCUGCACAAUGUUUCAACAGCAGAGGGAAGAUUUGACUCAGAUUCUGGAGGUUCAAGAAAUAUAUUGUUACUAUAAACAGUUCGCUGACAAAUAGAGGACACUGUAUUACUGCAAUAAAGGAAUAACACAUGACAGGUAUUUAUAGUCAUAUUUUUUUAUAUUUUUUCUCAUUUAUUUAGUCUGUAUAGUAGUCAGUGAAUGUUACCCUGAAACAGUGUCUCCCUAGUGUAUUUUACUGUAUUCUUGUUUUUAUAUUUUUUCUGUGAUUUAUGGAGAUUGUAUGAAAUAGAAUUAAAAUCUUACAAAAUAACAUUAUUUUCCCUGACUGACGGAGAUCAGACAAGACUUAACAUUUUCUGUUUUUGGUAAUUUAGGAUUAUUAAAAUUACAUCUAUUUGCCAAAUGCAAGAUUAGGAGUUUUUAAAAUUGUGCUUUCUUUAAAAUCAGAUAUUUAUGUACACCGAGAUUACCUCUUUAAACAAUAUAAGAAAGCCCAAAUGAUGACGUUAUGGCUUUGGAAGGUUCUGAUACAUGCAAGUAUAAACAGUAUACAAAUUGAUUGUCUUUAUCAACAAGACGCCAUAUGGACUCAGAAUUUUAUCGCAAUAUUUUGUGGUACU